AUGGCACCCAUUCAGCCCCAUUGGCAAAGGCCGUCUCAUCCUGAAAUCCAGGAGGUCAUCAUCAACGAGGCAGAGUUCUCCUCGAAGAGCCUGUCCAAGGUGUCGGUCCCACCGUUCGGCUUGUACGCCAAGAUGGCGUUUCCUCCAUGCACAAUAGCCGAGGCACCCACAUAUGCCACUGUCCAGAUGGGCCGAGACAGGCAUUUGGACCUCAACAGCGACUUGCUAUACAUUAACCACUCUUGUGAACCUUCUCUUAUAUUUGACACGACCAACUUCAAUGUCCUUGCCGGACCGAAGGGUCUCGAACCGGGCGAUGAGCUCACCUUCUUCUAUCCCUCCACCGAAUGGGACAUGGCCCAGCCCUUCGACUGCCUGUGCGGGAAACCGACGUGCCGCGGUCGAAUCAGCGGGGCCAAGAAUAUGACUCGUGCACAGCUCGAGGGCGUCUGGCUGAACGGACACAUUCGCCAGCUCCUGGAGGAGCAGCAAAACGCCGGCAGCAACGGCACUGCUGCAGACGCCGAGAAGAAGCGACCUGAGAAUGGCGCUUCGAGGAUCCCGCUGCCCGAGACCAACGACCCCACGGCGCAGGCGCUGAAAGACGCCCUGCUGCAUGCCGAAAAGGUCGUCGAGGCCGCGCGCGUGGCGCUGAUCUCGUACGUCGAGUCGGUCGACGCCAGGAACCGCAACGGCAAGGCCCAGGGCUCGUACAAUGGCGCUUCGUUCGGCGCCGGCCCCGGAGACGAGUCCGUGGGCUUGGUCAGCGGCGCCUCGCGUCGAGGCCCGACGUCAAGGGAAUUGAGCGGCGAGAUGGGCGGCGAUACGAUUUGUGCCUAG